AUGAUGGCGACAACAAAUACAACGGAAAGUGGAACACAUACGCAAGCAUUCGAAGAACCGCUAUGCUCCUCGGUUUGGGUAGCUGAGUUUAAACAACAGUCCAUUUCACUCUCAGCAGUCAACAUUCUCCUCUCCAUCACAGCAACUCUUGGGAAUUCUCUUAUCCUUGUUGCCCUUCACAAGGAAUCUUCCCUCCAUCCGCCAUCCAAACUCUUGUAUCGUUGUCUGGCGACAACUGAUCUGUUGGUUGGUCUUGUUACCCAGCCUAUCUAUGCUGCCUAUUGGAUGUCCGUGGUUCACGAACACUGGAGUCUUUGCCGAUUCUCAUUUUACGCGACCGGCGUAACAGGCUAUGCGUUAUGUACAGUUUCCAUGUUGACGCUGACGACCAUAAGCGUGGACCGACUUCUCGCCAUGUUGUUGGGACUGAGAUACAAAGAGAUUGUGACUUUGAGGCGCACAUACAUCAUUUUAGCUAUCUUUUGGAUUGUAUCUCUAGUCUCUGGCUUGUUCUUUCAUCUUAAUUACCGUAUAACUUUUUGGGUCAGUGUUACAGUUGCACCAUUAUGCCUAGUUAUCUCAAUCGUCCCGUACACAAAGAUUUUUCGCGCUCUCAGUUAUCAUCAGGCUCAAAUACAAAAUCAUACUCAACAACAGCCGAGCCAACCAAAUGCACUGAACAUGGCGCGGUAUAGAAAGGCAGUGUACAGUGCACUGUGGGUGCAGUUAGUAUUAGUUGUCUGUUAUGUACCAAACACAACAGUGGGAAUUUUGAUAUCUUUGAGUUUAAAGGGAUUAUCGAAUUUCAUCGUAGUCAGGGGAAUAGCAAAUGCCUUAGUGUUAUUUAACUCUACUUUAAACCCGUUCCUUUACUGCUGGAAGAUAAGUGAAGUGAGACGAGCAGUAAAGCAGACAAUCAGACAAGCAAUCUGCUAUGCAUAGGGGUACACCUAUUUUAAC